CGAGGCUAUCUCCCUUGAUGUACUUACUCUCUACAAAGAAGAAUAUUGUGCAAUGUAAACAAUCAAUAUCUCGUUGAUAAAAGAGGUGUAAGAAUGUCAGACCCGGCAGAGCCUGUUUUGUUAUAUGCUCACCCGAGCAUGGACCAUUUAGCGAAGCAGAUUGUAGACGGAUGUAAGCCUGUUACAUCACCCACUACAUCACAUUCAACAUUAGACCCAGGAAAUUUACCAAAUGGAAAGACGCCAUUCCAUAGGUCUCUCUCUACUGCUGGACUUUUACCUAAUAAAAGCAGAGGUGUUGAGUACAGGAACACCAUCACAUGGGGCAAAUUCCAGGAUGGAUUUCCAAACUUGUUCAUACAAGAUGUUCAUGUCAUGGCUGGAAAAGAUGUUAUAUUUCUUGGUAGUUUCCAUGAUCCAAGUGUGAUAUUUGAACAGCUGUCUGUGUUAUACAUGUUUCCAAGGUACCUGGCCAGAUCAUUUCAUUUCAUUUUACCAUAUUUCCCUACGGGCACAAUGGAGAGAGUUGACACAGAGGGUCAGAUAGCUACAGCAAAGACUUUGGCAAUCAUGAUGUCAUCCAUACCUCUGACAGCACGAGGACCUUGUCAGAUUUGCAUAUUUGAUAUACAUGCUCUACAAGAGAGGUUCUACUUCUCUGACAAUGUGAUUCCCAGGUUAGAGUCGGCCAUACCUCUCCUGCUUUCCACUAUCAAAAAGCUACCAGACAAAGAUAACAUUGCUGUUGCCUUCCCUGAUGACGGUGCGUUCAAGCGGUUUCAUCUGUUCUUCCCGGGCUUCGAUACCAUUACAUGUGUCAAGAUAAGAGAUGGCGGAAAGAGGAUUGUAAAAGUGAAAGAUGGAAACCCGGAAGGAAAACAUGUGGUUAUUGUUGAUGAUCUAGUUCAAACUGGAGGAACUCUGAUACAGUGUGGCAAGGCGCUCAUGGAGAAAGGAUCGGUCGGUGUAAGUGCUUAUGUAACGCAUGCAGUAUUUCCUAACCAGAGUUGGAAGAAGUUUACUGACGGAGAGUUCAAAUUCCAAAACUUUUGGGUGACUGACUCCAUUCCACAUGCUGUAGACAUUUGCAAAAACGAACCGUUCAAGUUAUUAUCGCUUUGUGAGCCAAUUGCGAAGAUGCUGUUGGGUUAUGACCUUCGACAACUGACUUGAAGAUCAAAGGAAUGUGAUACGUAAUUUGUGUUUGGGGUCAUUCGUGUUAUUAGCUUUUGUCACUUAGACUUUAGUACAUAUGAUAUGUGUCACUCAUUCCGUAAACUUAGAACAUUGAGAUACUGUCAUGUUUAGUUAGUGCACGAAUCUCAAUAUUGCAUAAACGUUUUCAGGAUAUUUUUUUGCCAAAUCAAAUCACUUAAUAUAAAAACCUUUGCUCAAACAAAAUUUAUGUCUCUAAAAUUUGAUUUCAUAGGCAAAAUUGCAUAUAUCAUACAUUUGGCAAAUUUGUAAUUUUAUAAAAAUACUUGUGACAGAAGCAGACAACAAAUACAUACAAAGUUAAACUAACGUGUUGACAUAAACAUAGAAUGUACGAUAAGAACCAAGCAAGUUUCUUCUUCAGGAUAAAUUGUUUGAAUCUGUGUCUGCAUAUAAUCAGUUGGUUUCUUGAUUUUUUGGUUUUUAAAAAUGUAUGUGAUAUUCAUUUUAGGUGUCGUUUUAACAUCGAAAUGCCUUUGACUGAGUGGACAUGAGGUGCAACGCCGCUUGUGAAAUGUUAGAUAUUAUUUGUACCCUUUGACAGAUUCUUACAAUUUUUCGAAAAAUACAUUUUAAUAUGUCUUUCAUUUUGAAAUCCAAGGGCCCGGGUGUUCAGAACUUUAUCCACUGGGAAAGCAUGUCUGGUUUAAGUCUACAGUAACUGAAAAUGCGUAAAUGAAUUUGUUAAACAUAGCUGUAAAUAAGUAUAAACGCGUUUUUUUGUGUGUGAUUCUAUAUUAAUGACGUUUUGAACAGUUUAGAUGGGUUUCUUUAUUAUAACCCAGUAAUUCACGGAGGAAACAUGUCGUAGACUGAGCGCGAAACUAAUUUAACUGUAUAUAAAUAAAGAACAAAAUACAAUAGUUUCGCGCUCACCUCUCACUGUAAUAAAUUUUCAUAUUUAUGAUGUUUUAUCUGUUACAUUUCAGGUGCAAUUAAUGUAUUUAAAUGCUAUUUAGGUUUCUUGAGCUGUGUCUUUUGUGAUAUAUUUAUGCCAAUGUGUAUAACAAUGCAUUCCUCUUUUCUUAGAAAUUUUACGAUUUUUGUGACAGUUUUUACUUAUUCUAUUACAUACUAUAUUAUACAGUUGAAAGUUUAUAUACAGCCCCUAAGACACUGUGCAGCAUUGCUAAUAACUACUUACCUUUCUGAGUCACGUCAGUCAGAAGUUUUAAUUUUGUUCAAUAAACUGAGAUUCUUUUAGUAAAGCAAUUUUUUUAAUGAUUAGUGAAAAGCGAUUUUGUUUUAAUGUAUGCUUGCUCAUAUCGAACUCUUUAUACAUUAUCUUUUGGAUUUUUGUAGUUCAUUCUUCAAAACAUAACGGCACGUCUCUCUUUUUUUCAUUUUAUCGGCCUUAAAUAGAUCACAGGUCGCCGGUAAGUGUAUCAGGUGAGCUAAAAAACAAUCGGUGCUAAUGAGAUGUUUUUGUGGCUGGUUUACAGUUUAAUUAUUUUCUUUUAAAAGGUACAGGUUAAAAUUUAAACUGAAUUAAAGAUGUUUCUAAAACAAAAAAGAGGUCAGUUUUCUGCUAGAACCAUAUUAGAAAUGUUUGUUUUAUAAUCUCAUAAUAGUAUUUUUUUAAUCUAGGAGGGAAUCAAAAUAAAAUUUCAGACUGUAUUCGUUCAAUGCUUCCGUAGGUUUUAUUCUCAGAAAUACUGAAUUUUUGUGCAUAAUAAUAUACAUGUUCUGCCAAACAAGUUUCAGACAAUCUAAUACUGUAACAAUCUUUCAUGUCCGAUUAUGAAUGUUACCGGACACCUAGAGUUGGAACCAGUCUAAAAUUCGAUUGGCUGGUUCUUUUUCUCAGCAUUAUUUUGAAAUUGAACAAUGAUAAAGUCGCACUGUUAGACUGGCUUCGAAAUGUUUUUUUUUUUUUUUCAAUAUUGGGUCAGCAUCAUAUCUAAGUGAUUUUAUAAAUGUACGUCUUGAUCUGCUGACCUGCUGCAUUGCUAAUAACGCUCUUAGUAAGUCCGGCAAUGCAGACAGUAUUUCUUAUCUGAUACAGAUGCAAAUUACUUUUACGCCGCUUGGAAUAAGAUACAAAGUUUCCUUUUUAAUGCAUGGUAAUAUUUUCAUAUCAAUUUGAAGACAUUGUAAAACAUCAUACCGUCUACACAAGAAAUCUUAAGUGCAAAUGCACAGGUACUGAAUGCACCCAGUAUAAUAAUAGUGCAUUCAGCCCGUUUCUUGUUGAAGGAAACAUUGUUAUUAAGACUUUUUACAUGGUAAUGUCGCAAAAAAUAUUUGUGCAGCAAUAUAAUUAACAAUAUUGGGUCUGUAAUGGUUUUUUUUUUUGUGUUCUGUAAUGUGUUUGUUAAUGCGUUGUAUCCAUCAGUUAGAUAACAUUUUGCUACUAAUAAAUUUAUUGUUAUUUUCACAUAUUUCGUAACAUAUAGUUCACAUAUUUCAUAACAUAUAUUUUUAUUAUCCACCCGCCAAAGGCGAAGGGGAUAUUAGAAAUGCUCUCCGUCCGUGCGUCCGCAACGAUCUUUGUCCGGAGCAUAACUCCAAAAGUACUGGAGGGAUUUUCUUCAAACUUUAUACACUGAUAGAACACAUUGGGAGGAAGUGCAGUGUGCAAGAACAAUAACUCUACCUUGCCUAUUUUUUGAGUUAUUCCCCUUUAUCAUAUUUUCUUAAUAAAAUUUGUCCGGAGCAUAACUCCAAAAGUACUGGAGGGAUUUUCUUCAAACUUCAUACACUGAUAGAACACAUUGGGAGGAAGUGCAGUGUGCAAGAACAAUAACUCUACCUUGCCUAUUUUUUGAGUUAUUCCCCUUUAUCAUAUUUUCUUAAAACAUUUUGUCCGGAGCAAAACCCCAAAAGUACUGGAGGGAUUUUCUUCAAACUUCAUACACUGAUAGAACGCAUUGGGAGAAAGUGCAGUGUGCAAGAACAAUAACUCUACCUUGCCUGUUUUUUGAGUUAUUCCCCUUUAUCAUAUUUUCUUAAAAAAAUUUGUCCGGAGCAUAUCUUCUUCAUGCAUGGAGGGAUUUUGAUAUAUCUUGGCACAAAUGUUUACCACCACGAGGCGGAGUGUCAUGCGUAAGAACCAGGUCCCUAGGUCGAAGGUCAAGGUCACACUUAGAGGUCAAAAGAUACAAGAAUGAAAACCUUGUCCGGAGCAUUUCUUCUUCAUGCAUAGAGGGAUUUUGAUAUAACUUGGCACAAAUGUUCACCACCACGAGACGGAGUGUCAUGCGCAAGAUCCAGGUCACUAGGCCUGAGGUCAAGGUCACAUUUAGAAAGGCCAAAGGUCAGAUACAAGAAUGACUUUGUCCGAAGCAUUUCUUCUUCAUGCAUGGAGGGAUUUUGAUGUAACUUGGCACAAUUAUACACCAUCAUGAGACGAAGUGUCAUGCGCAGUUCCCUUCUUUAGAAUUACUUCCCUUUAUUGUUACUUUAAAUAGCUUUUAUUGUAACUUUUUCAUUACUAGUUGUAGGGAAAAAUCGAGACCACCUUUCUGUUGUACAACAAGCAUGCUAAAUCCAAUUUUGAGCUGUAUUUUGACCAAUCUCUACCUGAUAAAGAUUUUUGUGUGGACUUGCAAUUUUUUUUUUAUUUUUUUUUUUAAGAGUUGUUACUAUAAAUAACUUAUAUUGUAACAUAUUUAUAAUUGACCCUAGGGAAAAAACAAUACCACUUUUCUGUGGUACAACAUAGAUGUUACUCUCCAAUUUUAGGUGUAUUUUAUUAUAUAUAAGGUAUCUCUACCUGGUAAGGAGUUUUUUUGCGGACUUUAAAAAACAAAAGACUUACAAUGAUUACUAAACAAUCACAAAAUUAACAUUCCAUUUGCAAAUACAGCUGCUAGAGUAAAGAAAUUUGCUUUGACGGGCAUAUAUUUUUACAUUCUGGCACUCUUGUUCCCUGUUAGCUUUCCAUUCCUUCUUUUUACAGUAGCCAUAUAGAAAAACAUCAUAGCUAACUGUUCAUGAAAAUUAAUAAAAUUUAGCAAUAAACCACCUCACUACUGACUUAUUCUUUCUUCCACAUCUUAAAACCCCUGAUGCGGACCACAACUAAACGGUUCUUCAAAGCUUUCCCAAAAAUUAAUAUUUUCAGACACUAACUUGCCAGGAACUUUAGCCUUCAAUUAUAAUAUGCCCGGCGGGGGGAUUAGCCAUGUCUAACAUGGCUCUUGUUUUUGUUUUGUUUAUACCUUUAACUCAAAUAACAGGGUAUAUAUUAUCCAGAUCCAGUAGUCGACGUAUCAUUAUGAUUUAUUGGAUGAAAGUGCUUUUUGAAAUAUGUCCUAGCUCAAACACAAGCUUAGCUUUUAGAAAACGCUAGUCAGCGGCUACUUUAUUACGAUGAUGUUCAAAAUAACUGAGACUAAAAGAUCCAUAUUGUACAUAUGCUGGUAUACAAUUGAACACUUACGCGAAAAAAAAGCACCUUUCAUUUAGAAAUACAAUGCGAUAGCCUGGUUCUCAGCUCGCCAAAGCAUUUGCAAUUGCUCGAACAGAAAAUAGCGACACUGUGGUGAUAAAACAAGGACACUUUAUGUUUAAGUCACAGGCGAAAUAUUAAGAAAAGUGAAAUACUCCAGUGGAAUUUAGGUCAUGUUACAUAUUACUUUUGUUAAGUACUUGUUAAUUUUUAUUUACAAUCUUGUACCUAUAAUUACUUUUAAUUCGAUUGUCCGAAAACUUUGUACAGAUGUAGCACUCACCUGGUCGUCGGCGACGGCGUUUGGUUAAGCUGAUAUAUUAGUAUUCACUCGUGGGGAUGGGUUGAAACUUCACACAGUUAUUUACUGUGAUGGAACAUGCAAUAUGCGGGAGCCCCAACUAUUUUGGAUUUUAACCUACUCGUGUCCCUUUUUUUCGGCUACAUGAUUUUUGGCUGGUAUCUCAGUAACCACUUGUAGGAAUAGAUUGAAACUUCUCAAACUUAUUUCCUGUGGUUUUCUGACAUGCAGUACUUUGGUUUCAUAACCCCUUUUGCAUUUGGUUUAAACAAUAUUUUAUUCAUAUAUAUUUACAACAUGAAACGUUACAUAGUUACAGCAUUAAGGAUUGAGUAGAAAGCCAAGCGUAUUUGAAACUCUCCAUUUUGUAUUUGUGCAAAGUUAUGCUUUAUUUACAACUGAGCAAUUUGGUUAGGGUGAUCGCUAACUAACCACUGAAACUAUUGGCUCUUGUUCAUCGGAUAAUGACAUGCAGUACACAAAUUAAAUAACCUUUUUUUAUUUGUUACUUAUAAUAAGAUCAUCAUGUGUGAGUGUAGCUUGUAAUUUCUCCUGGGGAAAAGAUAAGGUGAUCUAUUUCUGGAUAUCAUUUCCUUGCCUACCUAGCGUAGAAGGGCAAGGUUGUCCGAGUAGGAGAUCGUCUUGUCUUUUCCUUAGUAACCGUGCCGUUUUAACGUCAUAAUUUUACGAAUGAUUAAAUUGACAUUAUCUUUGAAAAUGUUGCAAUGUAAUAUCACUGGUAGGCAAGGAAAAUGAUCUAACAUGGAUUACUGGUAAUGGCAGUUGUUUUUCCAAUCCCCAGGACAGCGUAGAUAAAAAGCUAUCGGUUGUCCCUUUCCAGCUUUCCCUCGGAUUUGGGAAACCUCUUUCGUACACAGACAGGCAUAUGAGAUCCUUAUAGCUUAUUUUUCCACGCUAGGUUGGCAACAAAACAUUUGUUUGUAAUGUAAAGUAAUGUAGAAACUAUUUUACACAUUCGGAUUUUUUUUUCUAAAAUGUAGAAUUUUAUUUUAGGCCCUAAUUUUCUAUGCUUCCGAUUGGAUGGUGGUUUGUAAAAAUGUGGUUUGGUGAAAUCUAUAUUGUAGAAUAAUACUUGUUCCAUACGUGCAGAACUAUCUUAAGAACUGAUUUUGUAGUACAUAUGUUUUUUUUUGUAUUUUGUACCAUGAUAAAUAGCAGUAACAUUUUGAUCUUUUUUCUCUAUAUAUUGUUUGUUCGAGCACGCCUUGUGUAUUUAUUAAAAUCAUAUUUUCUGAUCAUUUUCUGUGUUUAUAAAUAAUCUUGAUAUGUGUCUUGACGAAAUUCUGAAAAAGGGGACAUGUUCCGAUAUUAUUUUCAAGUAUGAAAACGUAAUCAGUGAUAGUGCAUGUGAGACAGCUUUUGAGACAUUUAAUUUUGUUCUGUAUUUCGUGACAGUGGUUGUGAUAAUGAGUGGACAUUUGUUGUUAUAGUUGUAAUGUUAUAUGGACCAAGUGGCAGCUUGUGAUUUCUUCAGCAAAUAUUCAAUGUGUUUUUGCUAUAGCUUUACUGACUGAUUUAUACAUUGUUUAUUAAACGUGUUUAAAUAUCUUAGUUUGUAUUUUAUAUCGUUUAUAUAGCCCAUAAUGUCUUUUGUUAAUGUACAAACAAAUUAGAGAUUAAAACUGUUUCAGCAGAAA